AUGUCUGCUUUAGGUAGUCCAGAUCUCGGGAGAACAGGAAUCACUUUUGCCCAGUGGACUAUGAGUUUUGUCGCAGGUCAUGUCUCUGCCAGCUCUUGGGUUUAUCAUGACUAUUCGCAAUCCAGUUUUGAUCUGGACCGGGAUGUUCUUACCCAAGUCUUCAAGCGGGCAAGGAGUGAUUUCACAGAAGCCACAGCAAAUCAUCACACCUGCAAGACAUGGGGAGUGGGAUCAUUCAAGGCAUUUAACAAUGAAGCUUUCCAUGUUACAUCAACCUGUGACUUCAUGAUGAGCAGGCUAUGCGAACCUGGGCUUGAUGAUUAUGAGGUGAAAGUCCGCCGAGGAUCAAAUGGGAGCCUGGAGCACAUAUUCAUCAAAAUUGAAGCCACCAUGAUUGUUGUGACGGAGGGGGUAAUUAAGAUUCAAGACCGAGAAGUUACUUUGCCAUAUGACAACAAGCUUAUCAAUAUUCAUAGUAAUGGAGUUAACACCAGAUUUUCAAACAAGAAGCAUUCCAUUUCCCUGAUCUGGAAUGGUAAAGAUGCAUUGUCGCUGAAACUUCACCCUAGAUACAGUGGAAGUGUUUGCGGACUUUGUGGAAAGUUUGAAAAGAAAGGAAACACAAAACUGAAAUUUAUUACUGUGACUGAGGUUUCACUUCGUGAACACUCUGUUACAUCCGGCAAUUGCCCUAUCAGUGUAACUACAACUGGAGAAUGUAAAACAAGCAAGCUCUGCCUUGAGACCAUCUCAAGCCAUUUUUUCUGUGGUGAUAUUGAAGCCUAUGAAAAGCUGUGUUCAAUAGAUGCCUGUGCUUUUCCAAAUAAUCAUCAGGGCCACUGCCCUAGUUUAACAGAAUUGGCACAAAAUCCUAAAUGCCCUGGGAAUCAGAUCUACAAUGAUUUUGGUCAACCAUUUAUUCCAACUUGUACUGAUCCAGAUCCUCGGCAGAAAAAUGUUACCGAAAGUACUUGUGAAUGUCCAAAAGACACUGUUCUUGAUAACGUAAGACGCAACAACAAAUGCAUCAGAAAAUCAGAUUGUCCGUGUGAGUACAGUGGAAAGGUGUAUGAUGCUGGAGAAGAAAGAAACACUUCUUGUGAAACAUGUUUUUGCAAAAGUGGGCUUUGGGAAUGUUCUCAUAAGAGUUGUUCCAGAAAUUGCAAAGUGGAAGAAGGAACACAUAUUACAACAUUUGAUGGGAAAUAUUAUAAUUUAAGAGGAGAAUGCACAUACAUUGCAGUUCAUGGAGGUUCCUGGACGGUGAAGAUUGAGAUGCAUUUAUGCUACAAAGCAACCGAUCAGAUAUGCUUACGGCGUGUUAUAUUUUCCGAGGAUAAGACCACGUAUGAAUUCAAUAACAAUGGUGAUGUUACUCUGGAUGGAGAAAAUGUUGCACUUCCACUGAAAAGGGAUGGAACGAUAAUAUUUAAACCGUCUUCACAUUUCAUUCAAUUUGAAACAACACAUGGGUUGGCAAUGCAAAUACAAAUUUCUCCCAUCAUGCAGCUUUACAUUUCGCUGCUGGAUGAUAAAAAACAAAAUUUAAGAGGUUUAUGUGGCAAUUUUAAUGGCAAGGCUGCUGAUGACUUCAUGUCUAUACAGAAUGUGGUGGAACAAUCACAUGUCCUGUUUGCUCAUUCAUGGGCAGUUGACUCUAAAUGCAGCCCUCCUGAAAAGGAAAAUCCAACUUGUGUCAGUUCAGAAAAAGAUACAACCUGUGAGAACAACCAAGUUUUUGACAAUGAAAUGACAACCUGUAACCGGAACUGCAGAUCAGUAGCAAAAGCUGAUUUCACUUGUAACGUGAAGGAUACACCAGUUUAUGGCUGUGGCUGUCUUGAGGGCAAGUACAUGAAUGAAAAGGGAGCCUGUGUUGAUAAGAAGGAAUGUCCGUGUUAUCACAAGGGCACAUAUCUUAAACCUGGAGAGAAAGUUGAUGAUUGCUAUUGCCAAGGUGGAUCAAUUAUUUGCAAUCCAAUUACUGAAACCACUGCUACUCCCACAGAUACAACCUGUGAGAACAACCAAGUUUUUGACAAUGAAAUGACAACCUGUAACCGGAACUGCAGAUCAGUAGCAAAAGCUGAUUUCACUUGUAACGUGAAGGAUACACCAGUUUAUGGCUGUGGCUGUCCUGAGGGCAAGUACAUGAAUGAAAAGGGAGCCUGUGUUGAUAAGAAGGAAUGUCCGUGUUAUCACAAGGGCACAUAUAUUAACCCUGGAGAGAAAGUUGAUGAUUGCUAUUGCCAAGGUGGAUCAAUUAUUUGCAAUCCAAUUACUGAAACCACUGCUACUCCCACAGUAUGUACGAAUGGAAAGGAACUUCUUCGUUGUUCCCCUUCUGGAAAUCAGACUCACUGUGGAAAGAAAUGCAGUAACCUGGCAUUACCAUGUCCCGACAAAUGUGUACCUGAAUGUGUUUGUCCUGAAGGUGAAGCUGAAGAUGACAGAGGGAAAUGUGUUUUGACUGAAGACUGCCCUUGUUUAUAUGGAGGAAAUAGUUAUGCCAAAGGAAAAGUUAUCCAUAUUGAUUGCAACAAAUGCACAUGCCAGGGUGGUUUAUGGAGCUGUACUAAAAAGUCGUGUCCAAAGACCUGUCAAGUUUAUGGUGAAGGUCAUUAUGUAACUUUUGAUGAUAAGCGAUUCACAUUUGAGGGUAAUUGUGAAUAUGUAUUUGUUCAGGACCACUGCAACGGAAAACAAGGAACGUUUCGAGUACUCAUAGAAAGUGUUCCUUGCUGUGAAAAUGGAGUGACAUGUGCAAGAAAUAUUAAGAUUAUUUCUCAGGGAGAAGAACUAAUUUUGGAAGAUGGGAAAGUAAAAGAGUCUCGUGACUCUUCAAGUUGCACAGAUUCCUAUUCACUUCACACCGUUGGGCUUUAUUUAAGCCUUACAUUUUCCAAUGGAAUCAAUGUUAUUUGGGACAAGCACACAAGACUUUCAGUCACACUGGAUGAACGCUGGAAGGACAAGGUGUGUGGUCUCUGUGGAACCUUCAAUGAUAACACCGAAGAUGACCUAACAACAAAAUUUAACUCUGUGGCAAGCAAUUCCAUUGAGUUUGGAAACAGUUGGAAGUCCACAGAUUCCUGCUCCAGUUUAGUGAAUCAAACUUUCCCUUGUGAGGAAAACCCAUUUUGUUCUGCAUGGGCAGAAAAGAAAUGUUCCAUAAUUAAUAAUGCAAAUGGAGUGUUUCAACAAUGUCACAAUCAGGUUGACCCCGACCCAUACUAUGCUGCUUGUCUCAAAGAAGCUUGUGCCUGUGAUAAGGAGGGAAAGUAUCUGGGUUUCUGUACUGCUGUAGCAGUGUAUGCGGAGGCUUGUAAUAAAGCUGGUGUUUGUAUUCGCUGGAGAACACCUGAACGAUGUCCUGUAUACUGUGACUAUUAUAAUGGCGACAGUGAAUGCAGCUGGCACUACCAGCCAUGUGGAACAUUAACAGCUAAAACAUGUUCAGAUCAUUCAGUUCGAAAAAAACUCUCUGCAGUUAUUGAAGGCUGCUAUCCAAAAUGCCCAGAGGCGGCUCCUUAUCUGGAUGAAAAUAUCAUGAAAUGUGUCAAAUUAGAUCAGUGCACCUGUUAUUACAAUGGCAAACUUUAUAAUGCAUCUCAAGAAAUAACUGACUGUGGAAACUGCCCCGAGUACAACCACAACUACAAUCAGCACGUCAACAGGUGA